GAUUGUUAAAUUACAUAUUUAAAAUGAGCAUAUUACUGCGUCGUAAUUCGAGCCAGCUGCGCUUGCUGCAGCGCCUGGGCGCAACGUCAACCGAAAUCACGCGGCUCGCCUCAGAUAACAAUACAACUGCAUCUACUACAUCUACUACUACGACAACAACCACAACAGCAGCGACUACAACAAAAACAUCGUCGUCGACAAGCAAAAGGGUCGCUGCUGUGGCUGACGCUGAUAUCAAGAAAUCUGUUUUCAUCUCCCAAUCGAAUGACAUCUACACGAAUCUAGCUCUCGAGGAUUGGCUCUAUAGGAACUUUGACUUUAGCCAUCAUCAUGUCUUGCUGCUGUGGGCCAAUCAGCCAUGCGUCGUCAUUGGCCGCCAUCAGAAUCCCUUCACCGAGGCGAAUGUGUCCAAGCUAAUGGAACGUGGCAUUACGCUCGCGCGUCGCAACAGCGGCGGCGGCGCCGUCUACCAUGAUCCGGGCAAUCUCAACUGCACGUUCUUUACGCCCCGCGAGCGCUACGAUCGCAAGUACAAUCUGAAUAUUGUGACGCGUUCGCUGUUCCGCGAGUGGGCCAUCAAGGCGGAGAUCAACGAUCGCGACGAUAUUGUUAUCGCCAACAAAAAGAUUUCGGGCACGGCUGCGAAAUUGGGUCGUCCCAAUGCCUAUCAUCAUUGCACCAUUUUGGCCACGGCCAACAAGUUGCAUCUGAGCGAGUCGCUGGUUAAGGAGAAGGCCAAUUAUAUUAGCCGCGCCACGGCAUCGGUGCCAUCGCCCAUACGCAAUCUGGCCGAUGUGAAUCGGAACGUGAAUGUGCAGCAGCUGCUUUCGGCCGUGGGCUAUGAGUAUUUGCGGACCGCAGCAACGGCCCUGGAGGAUGGCGGCAGCACGCAGACAAUGAACCAGCGUGGCUUUCAGCUGAUCAAUCCCACGGAGAAAUGGUUCCCCGGCAUCAACGAGCUGCGUGCCAAUUUUAGCUCCUGGGAUUGGGUCAUUGGCAAGACGCCGAAAUUUACUGUCGAAAAGGAGCUCGAGCUGAAGGGCAAUGAGAGUGGCAUGAAGCUCAAGCUGAAUGUCGAAGUGGAAGCUGGUCUGAUGACUAAAAUCUCUCUUCAGCUGCCGCAAAGCGAACAGCUGGUCCCGGUGGUUACUCCGCUGCAGGGCCAGGCAUACAACGAGAAGAACCUGAACGGCAUCAUGGACGCCCUCAAGUUGGUCUCCACCUCGAAUGUGCAGCAGGCGAUGAACGGCUCGAUUUGAUAUUUGAUCUGCUAAUCCUAUACAUUUGACGCCUUUGUUUUUGGCCUUUUUAUUAUUAUAUAGUUGCAACUUUGCUUUAUAAACAUAUUAUGAUCUAUAACUGAUCUAAAUACCUGAACUAACAUAGCACGUAAGUACAUUAACAACUUCUACAAAUAACACAACACAUUUUAUAUCAAUUUGCAAUAAAUGCUCUAAAUGAAAUGUA